AUGGUAGGCACCCUGGAGUUGUUUGUCGGUGAAGUGUUCAAGGAAUUACCGCCUCUUGUAGCAAGGCGGCUAGAAGAUGUCCGCAUACACCAAGCCCAAGAUGGAGUCUGCUCUGCGGUCAUGACGUACUGUAUGAAAGGAUGGCCAGACAAAAACAAGGUGCCCCUGCAGAUCACUCCAUUUUGGAAGGAGAGGGACAGAUUGAGCAUAUAUGACGGCAUCGUUCUGCUGGACCGACGACUUGUCAUUCCUUCAGCCUUGCGCCAGGACAUUCUCGCCCUCUUACACGAAAGACAUCAGGAAGUGCGCCGUUGCCAAGAACGGGCCAGGGAGUCUGUUUGGUGGCCUAACUGUAACAUGCAUGUUGAGCAUAUGGUGACCCAAUGUGCCAUAUGUGCCGAGACUCGAGUUCAGCGUUCUGAGCCUUUGUUGCCCACGGUUACACCCGACAGACCGUGGCAGCACCUUGGCAUCGAUCUGUUUCAACUUAAAGGCCGCGAUUACGUCCUGAUUGUUGAUUAUUAUUCCAGGUUUCCCGAAGUAGUCUCCGUGGGGUCCACCACGGCACCAGCCGUUAUCUCGGCGAUCAAGAGCUGCAUUGCCCGUUUUGGCAUACCGGACAUCGUCCGGGCCGACAACGGACCACAGUUUGUGUCCAACGAGUUCGCCGAGUUUGCGCGGUCAUACGGCUUCCGUCACGAGACCAGCAGCCCGAGGUACCCCCAGAGCAAUGGAGAGGCAGAGCGCACGGUGCGCACAAUGAAAGACUUGCUGUUCAAAGGUCCUGAUCCCUACCUUGCCUUACUGUCGUACCGCGACACGCCCGGUCCCAACGGUAUUUCCCCGGCUCAAGCCCUGAUGGGAAGGAAAUUACAAACUCGUCUCCCGAAACUACCGGAACAAAUGGUGCCGUCGUUACCAUGCCACACGAGUUUCAGGGAAAUGGACUCGUCGAACAAGGCACGCCAAGCGAUGAACUACAAUCGCCGUCAUGCUUCAAGCCAAUUGGCCCCUUUGAGUCCUGGAGACUAUGUAUGGGUCACUGACACACGCUGCAGUGGUGAAGUACUCUCACAGGCUCAGCGUCCACGGUCCUACCUUGUUCAGACCCCCAGAGGCGUCCUUCAGCGUAAUCGUCGACACCUGGUACUUCAUUCAUCGGAAGUGACCCCAGCUCAACUGGCAGCUUCUCCGCCUGUCACUCCCGAGAUCAUGCAGCCUGCAGCACCUCGGGAAGAUCCAACGCAGACGGAAGUGACGCCGCAGGAAACGCUGACACAGACUCGCAGCGGUCGUAUAGUGAGACCACCGCGGCGGUUGGGCUUGUAG